AUGGCGGAUGUAAGAGAUAUUUUGGACAUUGAAAGUCCAGCUGCUGGAGAGCUAACCCGUGAAUCAAUCUUUGGCAAUAAAAAAACUGUCAAAAAAUAUGAUUACAAGGUAAAAAAACGUCCUGAGGGAAUGCACAGAGAAGUGUUUGCUUUGCUAUGCAAAGAUAACACUGAUGUUCCGCCAAUUUUUCCAACUGACACGGGGAAAGGGUACAAACAAGCGCGUGCUAAGCUUGGUAUGAAAAAAGUCCGUCAAUGGAAGUGGACACCGUUUACGAAUCCUGCACGGACUGACGGUGCUGAGUUUCAUCAUUGGAGGCGAGCUGCUGACACUAACAAGGAGUACCCGUUCGCUAAGUUUAACAAAAAAAUUCCUGUGCCGACGUACACCAACACGGAGUACAACCAGCACUUGACUGUCAACGGAUGGACUCGCGCAGAGACUGAUCACCUGUUUGAUUUGUGUCGUAGGUUUGAUUUAAGGUUUAUUGUCAUCCAGGACCGGUGGGACACCAGCAAAUACUCCCCGAGGACUGUCGAGGAUCUUAAGGAGAGAUAUUACCAAGUUUGCGGAGCGCUGACCAAAGCUAAGUCUUACUCUGAUAAAAUUUACGUCUUUGACGCGGAUCAUGAAAAGCGGCGCAAGGAGCAGCUGAAGAAAUUGUUUGAAAGAACGCCGGAGUUGGUCGGAGAGGAGCAGACUCUGCUGACCGAGUUGAGGAAAAUCGAGCAGAGAAAGAAGGAGCGCGAUCGCAAGACUCAGGAUCUCCAGAAGUUGAUCACUGCGGCUGAUCAUCAAGCUGACCCGAGGAAAAAUGAACGCAAGCAGGCUCUUAAGAAGACGACCACUACCUCGAGGAACAGGCCAAGUAAAUCUGAUACCGCUUACACGCAGAAACUCCAAGUUGUUGAGUCCGCGGGUAUCAAGUUCCCGGAUUUCAAAAAUAGUGGAGUCAGUUUAAGAGGACAAAGAUUGAAAUUGCCCAGCAGUUUGGGCCAAAAAAAGAUUAAAGUCAUUGAGACUAUGUUGAACGAACUGAAGAUGGACUUGAAUCCUCCGCCAACUGAAGAAAUUUGUCAGCAGUUCAAUGAAUUGAGGAGUGACAUUAUUCUGCACUUUGAACUCCAAGGAGCUCUUGUUACUUGCAAUUACGAAUUACAGUCACUGCGUCAUCAAUAUGAAGCCCUGGCACCCGGAAAAACCUUGACGAUUCCUGCAGCAUUGAUGCCUAAAAAUGAAGAGGUGAAAUCAGAAAUAAUCGAUGUUGUUGGGUGUAUAUAA